AUCUCAGCAUGUACAACAGAGCAAAGAUACAGUAACUCUGACAGAUCUCAGUCCAGACACUGAGUAUGAGAUUAAAUAUACAGCAGUUGGCAAACUGAGCUACACCAUAGACAGUGAUGUCAUCCACAUCAGAGUCAUAGACAAGAAGCUCAUAAGUGCCGCAGAGUCUGUCUUAGAGAGUCUUACUUUGACUGAAAGAAAGUGCAGUGAACUUAUGGAUGACAGCAGAUCAAAAAUAUUCGGUGCAUUUAACAGAAAGAUUCAAGACAUGAUGAAACACUGUCAAACCUACAGACAAGACUUAAAUACCAGAAUUCAAUCCUUGAUCCAGUCAAUUCAAUCCUGUGAAAAAGACAUCUGUGAUUUGGCAGAUCUUCAACAAGCUCAUGAAGAAUCUCCAUUUAAAGCCACCAGUCUUACAGAGUAGAUCACUAAAAAGAAAAAGAAUUAAAUGUAGUUACUACAAUUCUUCAACAACUUCUGGACUCUGGAGCAGAGGAACACAAUAACUUGGAUACAAUUUUGUCAGAUAUUAAUGUGGAGAAUGUGUUGUGCUACACAUUCAGUUCUCUUGAGGAGCCAGAUGAGUUGCUUUUUGAUCAUGAAAAUUACCUAAAAUAUCAAAUGAUGAGGAGAGAUUUUGAGAAGAUGCCUGAUGCAGUGUCUCGGACAUGGCUCCAAGGAACAGUCCGAGAAAAAAUGAGAGAACAUUUAAAAAUAUUUAAAGACAUAAUGACUUCACGUGGCAGUCAGUCCACAAAGUUCUUGGUUUCUUCAAAAGACCACACGAUCCAUCCAGGUUCCUGCAUUCUCUUGAAUGAAAACGGAUCUGAUGAAGAUAUUUGCUUCACUCCUCCAUCAAAACCAGCCUGUCCAAUCAUUAUACAGGUCAGAGGUCACAGUGUAGUUCUUAAGAUGCCUUCAUCAUGUCCUGUUACAGUAGAGCUGAAGUUACUGUACAAAAUGAAGGAAGAGAGAGAAUGGAAAUCUCAAUAUGUGCACAAGAGACAAACAACCGUAACUCUGACAGAUCUCAGUCCAGACACUCAUUAUGAGAUUAAAUAUGAAGCAAUAGGAAGACUGAACUACACCCUAGACAGUAAUGUCAUCCAAGUUACUACAGUCAACACUGAAGAGGAGUGUAAAAGCAGCAACAGUGACAACAGUUUGCUGGAGUAUCAGACAGAGGAUGAGACACAGAUGAGAAAAUUGGCUGAAGUGAUAAUGAGAAUGGGGGAUAUACUUGACGCUGACGAUGUGGUAUUUGAAAAAAGUUUUCAGAAUCUUUUGGAGAGAAGCAGGAUUAGUUGGACUUCAUGUUUGCUGCUGGUUUUUCAACGGUGGAUGAAAUCAGGAUCUUCUGCUGAAAGCCCGGCUCCUGUGCCCACCCUGCCUCCACCCAUUGCCAUUGAGAGAGAGGAUCCGUGAACCACCAUUGCUGUGAAAAACACUGAUCCAUUGCAAUAUGCAGCCACUGAACUAUACAGUCAUCUUGACUGGAGACACACAUAAAUUUCACAGGGACUUUAUAGAUGCUCUAAACAGAGAGACUCUGUGUCUGAGGGAGGUUUCUACAGAACAAGAGAGUGAUUUUAUUCUGCACUUCCGUUUUGUUUCUGCUUUAAGUGACAGUCAUACUGAUGGACAAAAUUAUUCAAAGAGAACAGGUGAAUAACAUAGACAAGCCUGUUGUUCUUGUUGUUCUCCAUAAUACACUGGAUUCAAACUCUGUCCCAAACAGCAGUGAAUGUGUGAACAAUCCAGAUGUUUUUAUAGUGGACUGUAUUUUCUGUGAUUUUGAAGGACUACGUCAUUGCCAGAUAAACCGAAAUGCAGUUAUUGCAGUCUCACACUGGCUAAACACUAAGAUGAAAUCAUUAAGGACUGUGAGGCCGAAUGCCAAUGAGGAUGAACACAAGACUGUUGCUCCAUCCUCGAGUUAUAAAAAUCUAUUCUCUCUAGAGCUGAGCUCAAGUUUAACUUACAUAGUAUCACUGAACCUUUUUUCUUUGUAAAACUUCUCAUUGGUUGCAUUCUGUCUGGUUUGUUCUGGUGUUUCAACAAAUGUGCAUGUAUCUGAUUUUAGUAUUAAUGGUUGCCGAGGCUCUCUCCUACACUCUGUCCUGUCACUGCAUAUUUUAUUAAGAAUAAUCUUGAAUAUUUAGGGUUAAUGCAAAUUUGAUAACAAUAAUGUAAAUUGAAGUUUAUAAAACAUAUUUUACAAAAAAAUACUGCAUUAUUUGUGUGAAGCUAUUGAAGAAAAUUGUCUGCAAUAUUUGUUCUCAUUUUAUGUAUUUCUUUUAUGUAUUGAUAAAUGUUACUGCAUAUCUUGAAAUAUUCGCAUGACAAUUCAAAUAAUUCAAUCUACUAAUCAUGUGGUUUACAGUAUGUGAAGUGUAGAAUUUGUGUUUUGUCUUGAUAACAUAAAUUUGGUCAACAAU